AUGAGGAGUUUCAGCUCUUGCUCUGCUGUGAUCCCAAGAAGCGUGAAGAGAUAUACUGUCAGCACCAUCUCGUGCUGGGGAGGUGGUGGUGUGGGGUACCCCGGGCCGGGAUGCUUCGGCAGCAGAAGCCUUGGUGGCAAUGCAGGCUGCAAGCCCAAGCUAGCGACCAGCGGCUGUCACCUACCACGAUAUGGCUGCAGCCCCUCACGCAUGGGGUCGGGCUAUGGAGGUGCUGGCUUUGGCAGCAGGGGUGGUGGAGCCCUGGGGACCUGCACACCCAUUGCCAAGGUCACAGUCAACGAGCAUCUGCUCCAGCUACUCGAGCUGGAGAUGGACCCAAACCUUCAGUCUGUGAAGUACCAGGAAAAGGAGCAGAUUAUCAAGACCUUCAAUAACAAAUUUGCAUUUUGCAUUGACAAGGUCAAGUUCCUGGAGCAACAGAACAAGGUGCUGGAGACCAAAUGGGGAUUUCUACAGGAACAGAAGUGUUACAGGAGCAACAUCAAGCCAAUGUUUGAAAGUUAUAUUGGCAACUUGAAGAGGCAGCUGCAUGUUCUGGGAAGUGACAGAGCCAAGCUGGAAACAGAACUGAGCACCAUGCAGGGUAUCAUGGAAGAUCACAAGAAAAAGUAUGAAGAGGAAACCCACUGGCAAACUGCAGAGAAUGAGUUUGUCAUGAUCAAAAAGGACGCAGAUUGCGCCUAUGUGAACAAAGCUGAGCUGGAAGCCAAGGUGGAGUCCUUCAUCCAACAGAUCAACUGCCCGAGGAGGCUGUAUAAAGUGCACCAAGCAUCCAUUUCAGACACCUCUGUUAUUGUGCAAAUGGACAACAGCUGAAGCCUGGACACGGACGACAUCAUCGCUGAUGUCAAAGCUCAGUAUGACAACACUGCCAAAAGAAGCUGGGCUGAUGCAGAGUCCUGGUACUACAGCAAGUAUGAGGAACUGAGAGAAACCACUGGCAAACACGACAACAGCUUGCGUAACACAAAGAAUGAAAUUGUGGAGCUGAAUCGGGUGAUUCAGAGACUGACUGGAGAACACGAAAACACCAAAGCCCAGAGAUGCAAACUGGAAGGAGCCAUGGCUGAAGCUGAGGAGCACAGGGAAGUGGUUGUCAAGGAUGCAAAGUGCAAACUCACCAGGCUGGAGGUAUCCCUGCAGAAGGUGAAGCAGGACAUGGCCCACCAGUACCAGAAGCUCAUGAAUGUCAAGCCAGCCCUGGACAUUGAGAUUGCAACCUGCAGGAAGCUGCUGGAUGGAGAGGAGAGCAGGUUGUGCAUAGAUGGUGGCUGCCCUGUGAAUAUUUGUAAGUACCAGACAAAUCCCUAUUCCUACUAG